GUAUAAUUCAGAGAGGCGCCAUUUUUCUAAAGAGGAAGAAGUUUGUUCUACCGUGUGGACUAGUUUAGGAAAGUUGGAGACGACAUGGGUGGAGUUGCGAUCGAAUAGCUCUAGUUUUACGAUUGUGCCAGUAACUUUGAAGAAACUCACGCAUGUACGUGUGCGUGCGGGGUUAUUCGAGAAGGUGAGCUUGAUCGUUGCGAGUUUCUGAACUGUUUCGCGGAAGGCUAUCGGGCCUAGCAAGCUAAUCACAAUGAAUUACGGUAGGCCUCCCCCAGAUGUUGACGGCAUGACUUCUCUUAAAGUCGACAAUUUGACGUACCGAACCUCACCCGAAACCCUCAGAAGUGUGUUCGAGGAUUACGGCCGGGUAGGGGAUGUGUAUAUUCCCCGUGAUCGUUACACGAAAGAAAGCCGUGGCUUCGCAUUCGUGCGUUUCCACGAUAAGCGCGACGCAGAGGACGCCAUGGACGCCAUGGACGGUGCGCGCCUGGAUGGAAGGGAGCUGCGGGUUCAGAUGGCUCGAUACGGGAGGCCCCUUGAGUCCCAUCACGGCGGCGGCGGAGGAGGAGGAGGAGGAGGAGGAAGGAGAGGAGGGCCGCCAAGGAGACAGGGAGGCUAUGGACGCCGAAGCAGGAGGUAAGAACAUGCGUAAAACUGCUGGUUAUGUGGACCAGACCCCUUUGAGACUGAGCAACCGUGAGAGUUCAUGGUCGGUUGAUUAACUGAGCGCAAUUGAAGAACGAAGGGAGUAAUUUCAGUAAAUUAGCCGAAACAGCUGAACUAAUCGGCCCACGUUAGACCCAGAAGUGAGUCGUCCCCCCCCCCACAAAGGGUUAACCCAAGGGCGCGAAUACAGUGGCGCAGCUACAUCGCCUCAGUUUCCCCAUAAAGUUAAGAAAAGUUUAGUUCAUUUCUACCCUGACCAGGAGAACCAAUCAAUAGUUUUUAGUGAAUAUUAACAUACUAUUUGAAUUCUACACCUACCAGUCAUGGUAUUAUGAACACCUUUGCCUUUAAAUGCAGCUCAGUGUACAGCAGCUUCUUGACCACCCUUUAAAACCAAGCUUGAACAUUUUGUUAUUUUGUUGAUAUGGUGAUAUCUUUUCUGUAAAAUUGUUAAACCUAAGUUGGUGUUAGUGUUGUGCCUUAGGUUAAAAUGUAUCUCUGCCUUUCUUAUGUUUGUCAGUGAAGUAAACCAAUUGUAAGGAAGCCCCUUUUAAAAUACAAUCCAGUACACCACCACUGCAACGCUUUCAGAAAUCAAUAUAAGAUACAAUAACCAUUUCACUAAUAACUUUUUUUUCAACAAAAAUGGCAUCAUAUCAGCUUAUAUAAGCUUAGUGUAAGCAUAAUUUGUGGUAGAGUUGUUGUAUUAGAUUGCCUGGGUGUUUAAAGUGUUAUUGCUGGUUGGCAAAGCCGGCCAAAGCCUCAAUGCGGCCCUAAGCAGAAUUAGAUUUGGGGCCCCUCUAUUUCUGCUAAUAAUAUUGAUUGUUGAUCAUUCAUGUACCUUCAUAAAUCUCUCUCAUUAACACACUCUCUCAUUGUUUUGCCCAAAAACUACCUGCACUUUGGAUGCUCAGUUCACAUUGCACAACAGAAGGCACAUAAUGGUCGCGGAGCUUUGACAUAUCGUCAGUAAAAAUCAUAGGCCUACAUCAGCAGCAGCACUAAAAUAUUUCAACUUAAUUUUUUUUUUUUUUUACGAUGAUUCUUUCGAUCAUACAGAAAGCAUCACUCAUACAUGCAAAAAAUAAAAAAAUAUUAUUAUUUUUUGCUCCUGGGGGCCCCCUAUUGGCCGCAGGGCCCUAAGCAGGCGCCGAGUUCGCUUAAGCCUUGGGACUGAUAUAAUGUUAGGCUAAAAACAAGCUAAUAACUAAAAGGUGGAAAGAAAUGGUUCUUUCUUCCAUUUUUGGUCUCAAUUUUUCAAUUAGGUGUUAAAGAGACUCAGAAGUCAGGCGAUUUUCCCAUUGCGAAUGUUUUAACGUUAAACUGUGACAGCGCCACUUCAACAGGGCUCGACACAAACUUUUUUUCAUAAGGAGCACACAAUGAACUUUAGGGGCACAAUGAAAAUGGAUCAAGUAAUGUUUGUCUUAUUGGUCGACAUGGGUACUAUUAUUUGAAAUCAAUUUUAGGUCAAUUGGUCACAUGACAUGGAAGCUUUUGAAGGAAAACAGCCUUUUCUGAGAAUAUUAACCGGUAAUUUAUUGAGGGUCCCUUAUUCAACACCCGACGUUGACAGUGGGGUUUAAGGCUGCACGAUAUUGGAAAAAAAUAAUAUUGCGAUUUUUUCAACCCUGCGAUAUAUAUUGCGAUAUUAAAAAUACAGUAUUUUCACCAGAUGACCUGAAUAGCACUUAAUGUUAUGCUGCACUGCUGAAAUCUUGAGGACACUUAAUCUGCUCUGAUCUUACCUCUUUUUGUGAAUGUUAGUAGAACGGCUUCUGUCUGUCUCAGAGAUAUUUUUAGCUUUUAUUGUGCUGGGACGUUAUUGUGGAAACAGAUGAACACAGAAGACGUGUUUUGGUCGACAUCAUCCUUUUUUAACCGAAAUAAUUCCAGAUAACUGACUUUCCUUUUAUUUUUGGCAACAAAUCUUCAUUUUUGGUGGUUUAAUGGGUUGAAAUAAGGUGGGAUUAUUUUUUAAUAUUCAGCAUUAUCAGCCUUUUAAGACAGAUGGUAUUUAAAUUCCAACCAUCAAAUUAUGGCCUGCCUAAUGGAGUGAUCCACGGAAAUGUACAAUUUAAAACCCAUACAGUUCUUAUUUGUCCGGCUUAAUAGUCAUGAGUAAAGUUCCGAAAGUAAUUCUCAGCGGACACACGUCUCCCUCCAUGUGCAGAACAUGUGCAGGGGUGGGUUUUCUCCUCCCUGAUUUUGAUUGACAGCUGGCAGGGUAGCCUGAUUGGCAGCUGAGAAGUGAGUCUGAUUGGCAACUGAGUUAAGGACGAAGGCGAUUGGUGGAUCGCUGCACAGCACAUGCAGAGUCACAUGCAGUGUAUCUCAGUCGGUUACCCUUGAAAUUAAAUGAGUUCAUUCACCUCCAAUAUCGCAGGCUCUGCGAUGUGACUAUCGCACACACGUACAUCGCAAUGACGAUAGUCAAACGAUAUAUCGUUCAGGCCUAGUGGGGUUGUUGAGUAGAUUUAACCGCGCUGCUGUUGCUAAGACCGGCUAUGGAGAGCGAGAAGACAUCGGUAGAUCCGCAGUGAAUUUGUUGCCUCGGCUAAUUUUUUUACCGUCCAAAUCUAAAUCCAAAUCCAAAUCCAAGUCCAAGUCCAAGUCCAAGUCCAAGUCCAGGUCCAGGUCCAGGUCCAGAAGCCACACACCUGCCUCCAAAAGAUGCUCCAGGUCGAGAUCUAAAAUGGCUCAAAGGCGCCACCUGCUGGAUAAUUGUAAAAAAUACGAAUUUCAAGAUUUUCCGAUAAAUUGAAAGCAUAUGUUACAUUUUGUGCUGCCCAUAGGCUUAAACCAGUGGCUGUAAUGGGUUGAAAAGGUGGGAUUAUUUUUUAAUACUCAGCAUUUUCAGCCUUUUAAGACAGACAGCAUUUAAAUUCCAACCAUCAAAUUAUGGCAUAACUAAUGGAUCACCAGUGGAAAAAUGCAUCUGAAAGUAGAGUCACAAGCUCCAAAAGGGACAUGAGGGUCAUGAUCAAGGCAUUUUGCUGAACUGUCUUCCCAUAUCAGUCCCGUAGUGUUUUACCCUUUACUUUCUGUACUUACAGGACACAGUUUCUGUCUUGAUGCCUUUCAUACAUUUCAAAUGAUAACCCCGCCCACUGAUUGUACCCAGCUCUUCCCGCAGCCCGAGACGCAGAAGACGCAGCAGGUCCCGCAGCAAGAGCCGCUCUCGCUCCCGGAGCCGAUCCCGCCACAGCAGAUCCAGGUCACGAUCCUACUCCCGCUCCAAGUCACAGUUUUUGGUUCUAAAUCAAGAAAUUUGUGCUCAAAUGUUGGAAGUCACUUUUGCACCGUCCAAAUCUAAAUCCAAAUCCAAAUCCAAAUCCAAAUCCAAGUCCAAGUCCAAGUCCAGGUCCAGGUCCAGGUCCAGAAGCCACACACCUGCCUCCAAAAGAUGCUCCAGGUCGAGAUCUAGAAGCCAGCCCAAGUCAGCAGCAGAAAAUGGAGGCCAGUCGUCUCCAUAGGUCUUACUGCGCCAGCAAGAGGUGAGUAUUUGAGAGCGGAGUUGUGAUUCUUGUGCUUUUUUUUAUUAAAAUUCUGAGCAAAAAUUCUCUUUUACAGCAAAUGCAGAAAGAAUGACAACAACAAGUGAGGAGAGUUUCAGAUCUAGAUGUGUUUGCCCUUCUAAAUGACUCAUAAGCCACUGUCCUCCAGAUAUUAUCCCCAGACAGGUGCUUGAGGGUCUCUGAGGUUUGCUGAACUGUUUUCCCAUAUCAGUCCCGUAGUAUUUUACCCUUUACUUUUAUUCUUCUGACACAGUUUAAUUUUUACAGUUUACAGAAUUCAUUCUGUGUAGUGGGCUCAGAGAGGGGGAGCAUUUAGCUUUGAGGGGGAUUCAGGUAUCUUUAACACCUUACUUUAACACAGUUUUGGUUCUAAAUCAAGAAAUUUGUGCUCAAAUGUUGGAAGUCACUUUUGCUGAUUUCCUCUUCCUGCAGCCUAGAAACAGUCUGUUACGGUUGCAGUGUAACGCUCAAAGUAUGUCUACUAAAAGUGCACAGACAGGACCGGAUUUUUCAGAUCACUGUUAAGUGUCCAAAAACAUUUCAAGAAAGACGUCCCCCAAAAUUUGCUGUUUUCUUUGCCACUUGUUACAACCAGAUCCCUUAAACGUAAAACCAUAAUUCAAAGGAAAAAUUUGGAAAAAGAAAGUGGAAAAAAGUGCUCUACGGCGGUUUUAUUAGGUGAGAUUUUUGUGUUUUUGUGACUCUAAAUGGUCAUUUGGCAGUACAGUUCUCUAAUGCACACCAACUGAGGCAAAACUAAAUUAUUCUACUCAUUAUUUUGUAAUUGUGUUACCAAUCAAAGGCCAUUGAGUGUCAGCUUAUUAACAUGCUACCUUUUUUUUUUUCUCUCUCCACAGUUUAAGAAACGAUGACUUCAGAUGUCCAAGACAGACAGGAUUCCUGCUCAAGACUCGGCCCUAAUGUGGGUUUUCUGAACAGCUCAAAUCAUCAACCUGACUCAACACCCUAAAAGUUAACCUGCUUCUUUUUAAAAUCUUAAUUUCUGCUGUCCAGGGUGUCUUUUUUUAUGUUUAAUUUUUUAUAGCCAUGACAACUGGUGUUUUUUUUUUCGCCUCCUGGGGUAAGUAUGUGAAAUGUAACUGCAGAUAAUGUACACGGGGAAAAUAACGGCAAUAAAUAAAGACAGAGAUCCAUUUAGGACCUGGUAAACUCAAGUCACUCUACAAGAUAACUCAACUUUUUAUUGUCAGUUUUUAAAGUCCUGUUCAUUAUCCUGCCUGUUUUGUUUCUUUGUGCACUAUUGUGCUGUUGUGUAGCUCAUGGGUAUUGCUGGUGAACUGUUUAAGGUUGCUUGCUACACUCUCAACCAUAAUUUUUUUUUUUUCUACCACAUGGUCAUUAAGAUGAAUGUGACUUUCAUUAAAGGUUCUGGUGUUUGUCUAAAGUGGGCAUGGCUUUUUAUUUCUAUUGUCUACAUUUGUAGUGAAAUUGAUUAAAAUAUGUUUGUUACAUGUUAAGCUUGUACAUGGAAACAACAGACAAAAUUUAGCAUCAGAUUGAUAAAAGAAAUAAAAUGACUCUGAAGACUAA